AUGCACUCGUGUCGACCCGAAACCUUGAAGAUUGACAUCUCCAAGUAUAGGGGAGUCGAAGAGGACUUCCUCUUGAGAUGGUUCGUCGAAUUGGAUGACGCCAUAAGGGCGCGUCGCAUCGACGACGGGGAUAUGCAAGUUGCAUUUGCCCAGUCAAAUCUGGCAGGACGUGCCAAGACUUGGGCUUUGGGACUCAAGUUGCACGACCCAUAUGCGUUUGGGUCGUUGGAAGUCUUCAAGUCGCGGCUCAGACAAACGUUUGAGCCGCCUAGAGCUGAGUUCAGAGCUCGAACCGAACUCUUGAAGCUGAAGCAGGGUAAGCGUGAUGUGCACGCUUACGCGCAACAUGUACGACAUCUCACGAGUUGUACAAGUUCCAAUCCGGUUGAUGAACACACGUUGGUUUCGGUGUUCGUGCAGGGUCUUGCGGAUGGUCCCGUCAAGACUCACCUGUUCCGGCUUGAACUAGAUUCACUAGAACAAGCCAUUUCCAUUGCGGAACAGGAAGACUUCAGUCUGAGACAGGACACUACGCUUACGAGUGUAGUGCCCCUCGUCCAGUGUCUCGCGACACUGGGCGUAGUGACCGUCCACCCAUGA